AUGACGGGCGCUCCGCCAUACAACCCUCAGUCCUCGCCGAGCCAACAGCAACGGUUCCCGGCGUACAGCUCUCCAAGCAAGAACCACCCGUACUAUCCCAGCAAUGAGCAGCAACAGCCGCCGUCACAGCAGCAGCAACAAUAUCCGCAGCACCCGCCCCAGACACCUCCUGGCUACGGGCCAUCGUCCAUCUCGCGAAGCCCUCGCUUUUCGCACGCGUCUCCGCCAAUGUCGAGUUCGCUGCCCGCGCCCUUGAAUGGAAGUGCGCCGCCUCACACUGCCCAUCCAGAGCCCUCUUCAUCCCAAUACCAGAGCCAUUCGACCAGUGGCACGCCUCAGCUGCCGCUUCCGAGGCCCUUUUCGGGGUCCGCGCUUCCGGGCAAUGGAGCAUCACCUUACGGUCCUCCUACGCCUCAUGGCCACCCGCCCAGUCGCUUGGAUGCACACUCGCAGUCCCCCUCGCGGGAAUCUGAAUCGCCAUAUCGCAUGAGAGGCAAUGGUACCGGAUAUGCAUCCUCUAUGAUGCGAGAGCCACGACCCGCAUCUCCACAAGACACAAAGCCAGCGCGCGCCGCCGACCCGAUGUCCUUCGCCAGCAUCCUUUCUGGGCCGACGGAUGAUCAGUCCUCGAAAAAGCCCUCUCCCCCCCUCGGCUCCCAUCGCGAUGCUCGUGGAGCUAUAUUCCCCAAGCUGGAUUAUCGUCAACCUCAUGAUUUGGACCGUCGCCCGGAUGCGCCGUUGGCACCCAACGGCUUUGCGGGACGCGACCCUAUUCGGGGAGAUGCCCCAUCCAACAAUCUGCCCCAGCGAAAGCCCCUCCCGCCGGGUGUGGACUUGGAGCAGAUCAACCGGGCUAUGUACGAGAUUGAUCAGGCCGAUAAAAGUGACGUGGAAGCCGCUGGAUUUGACGCGGAGCGUGAACGUUACCAAGAAAAGUGCCAAAAACGGACUCUGGAUAGUAACCGUGCGGAGCACGUUCGCCGCAAGCGUCGCCGCAACAAUUUCCUCAUCGAGUUGGGCCGAUCCUUUGAGCGACAGGCGGUCUUGGGAUCAGAACGUUUCCGUGUCCUCAAUGAGUCGUCCGUCAUGGCUGAGGUGCAGCAGAAGGAGAUCCAGGACGAGAAGGAGCGGAAGAAGGACAUGCAAAGGAAGCGUCGCCGGGAGAACACGGUGCGUGUGGAGAUGCAGAAGAAAUUGGAGGCCGAACGCAAGGCAAACAAGGCCCAAGACUCCACGGAGAAGGCCAAGUACCUACGUGAAGCCGAACGUGCCCAAAAGAAGAUUCGGUCAACCAAGCGUGCCCUGGAGGGAGGCAAUGCCCAGGAUGAGCUUGGGGAGGUCACGCCAUUGGCCCCGAACCUUGAGGGCGGCAUGACUACCCAAUUCCAGAUUGGUGGUCGCUCUCCAUCGCGCCGCAAGAUCGGCGGACGCGCAGGUCCCGUCACGCGCCCGAAGAAGUCCAAGGAGCAGAAGCAAGCGGAGAAGGACGCUGCAGAGGCUGCCUGGUGGGGUAUGGACGAUGAUUACUACUACUACGACGAGGAACCGCAAGAAUCGCGAAGAGGUCGCGGGAGGCUUGACAGGCCAAUGUCACCUCUGGAGUAUGACAGCAAGAGCUACAACCAGGUAUACGAGCAAAUCUGGCGCGAUAUUGCCCGCAAGGACAUCCCCAAGGUGUAUCGCAUCAAGACCAUAUCUCAUACGACUCGUCAAGAGAAUUUGCGCAAGACGGCUCAGCUGGCCAGCAAGCAGUCCCGGAAGUGGCAGGAGCGCACCAACAAGAGUACCAAAGAUACUCAGGCUCGUGCCAAGCGGACCAUGCGUGAGAUGAUGUCUUUCUGGAAGCGCAACGAGCGUGAGGAGCGUGAUCUGCGCCGUCUGGCGGAGAAGCAAGAACUGGAGUCGGCCAAGAAAGCCGAGGCAGAGCGUGAAGCCAACCGACAGAAACGCAAGCUCAACUUCCUCAUCUCCCAGACUGAGCUGUACUCUCACUUCAUCGGCCGAAAGGUCAAGACUGCCGAGGCAGAAAUGUCUGGAGACACAGCCACCGCCGGCACCAACGAGACGGUCCAACCGGGUAAGCCGCAGGCACACCAAAUCGAUCUCCCCAAUAGUGUGGCAAAUCCCAGCGCCAAGGUCACCAACUUCGAGGACUUGGACUUUGAUGCCGAAGAUGAAUCGGUCUUGCAGCAGGCGGCUAUGGCCAACGCACAGAACGCCGUGCAGCAGGCACAGGACCGUGCUCGUGCUUUCAACCAGGACCAGGACCAAAUGGCUGCUUUCGAUGACGGGGAGAUGAACUUCCAAAACCCGACCAGUCUGGGUGACAUCGAGAUCUCACAGCCCAGCAUGCUAAACGCCAAGUUGAAGGAAUACCAGCUGAAGGGUCUCAACUGGCUUGUCAACUUGUACGAGCAAGGCAUCAACGGCAUCCUGGCAGACGAGAUGGGUCUGGGUAAGACUAUCCAGUCCAUCUCCGUCAUGGCCUAUCUGGCCGAGUUCCACAACAUCUGGGGUCCGUUCUUGGUCAUUGCACCCGCUUCCACUCUGCACAACUGGCAACAGGAAAUCACCAGGUUCGUUCCGAACAUCAAGGUCCUGCCGUAUUGGGGCAAUGCCAAGGAUCGCAAGAUUCUUCGCAAGUUCUGGGAUCGCAAGCACAUCACCUAUAACCGCGAGUCCGAAUUCCACGUCUUGGUCACGUCAUAUCAACUUGUCGUUCUUGACGCGCAGUACUUCCAGAAGGUGAAGUGGCAGUACAUGAUUCUCGAUGAGGCCCAGGCUAUCAAGUCUUCUCAGAGUUCUCGGUGGAAGAAUCUGUUGCAGUUCCAUUGCCGUAACCGUCUUCUGUUGACCGGUACACCCAUCCAAAACAACAUGCAGGAACUAUGGGCGUUGCUGCAUUUCAUCAUGCCCACCCUGUUUGACUCCCACGACGAGUUCAGUGAAUGGUUCUCCAAGGAUAUUGAGUCUCACGCUCAAAGUAACACCAAGCUCAACGAGGAUCAGUUGCGCCGUCUUCAUAUGAUUCUGAAGCCUUUUAUGCUGCGCCGUGUCAAGAAACACGUCCAGCAAGAACUCGGCGACAAGGUGGAGAAGGAUGUUUUCUGCGACCUGACUUACCGCCAACGUGCUCUUUACGCGAACUUGCGGAACCGCGUCAGCAUCAUCGACCUCAUCGAGAAGGCGGCCGUCGGUGACGAUACCGACAGCACGACGUUGAUGAACCUGGUCAUGCAAUUCCGCAAGGUUUGCAACCAUCCCGAUCUGUUCGAACGUGCGGAGACCAAGUCCCCCUACUCAGUCGGCUACUUUGCGGAAACCGCCUCGUUCCUCCGCGAAGGCUACUUUGUUGAUGUACGUUACUCGACCAGAAGUCUCAUUGAGUACGAUCUGCCACGACUCCUAUGCAGCUCCGAUGGACGCCUGGAUGUUCCUGGCCCGAACAACGCCUACGCUGGCUUCCGGGGCAAAUACCUUUCGCACUUGAUGAAUAUCUGGACGCCGGAGAACAUCCAACAAAGUGCUCGGAAUAACGGCGCAUUUUCGUUCCUGCGGUUCGUUGACACCUCCGCUGGGGAGGCCAGCGAGAUGGCCCGCCUGGGCGUCUUUGAGCGUGCGAACCGCCGGCGUGGCCUUCCCAACCGCCUUUCGCGCCUGAAUGCGGUCUAUGAAGGCGAUGAAAAGACCGUCGUGCCUCACUCGAUGCUGAACAUCGUCGACCGUAAUGAUCGCCAGGCCGUUCAAGAACUUGCCACAGAGGGCCGAAUGCGGGACCUGAUGACUGUGUCGCGGUCGUCGUUUGAACGACAAGGUCUUAACUUGAUCGAGCCAUGUGCUUCUCCAGCCGCCUCUGCGCCCCCGAUCACCAUUUCCUGCCGGAACCAGGACUCAUUGCGGGAAACUGCCGACACCCUCUUCAACGCACCUGUUCAGGAAGCGCUAUUUGGCAGUCCUGGUAGACAAGCCGAAGAGCUGAUUCUCUCCAACAAGCUCGAUCCCGUGCCCUACUCGCUGCCGCCCAUCCUUCCUCCGCCACUCUCCUUGAAGGCACGUUACACUCAUAUUGAAGUGCCGUCCAUGCGACGAUUCGUAACAGACUCGGGCAAACUGGCCAAAUUGGACGAACUGCUGCGAGAGCUCAAGGCUGGCGGGCACCGUGUCCUACUCUACUUCCAGAUGACACGCAUGAUCGACCUGAUGGAGGAGUACCUAACCUACCGUAACUACAAGUAUUGCCGUCUCGACGGUAGCACGAAGCUGGAGGAUCGUCGCGACACCGUGGCGGACUUCCAGUCACAGCCAGAAAUCUUUGUGUUCUUAUUGUCCACGCGUGCCGGUGGUCUUGGUAUCAAUUUGACUGCGGCCGACACGGUCAUCUUCUACGACUCCGACUGGAACCCGACCAUCGACUCCCAGGCCAUGGACCGGGCUCAUCGUCUCGGGCAGACCCGGCAGGUUACGGUAUACCGUCUCAUUACUCGAGGCACCAUCGAAGAGCGGAUUCGCAAACGUGCUUUGCAGAAAGAAGAGGUGCAACGCGUUGUCAUUAGUGGUGGUGCCGCCGGUGGUGUUGACUUCAACACCCGGAAUCGCGAGAACCGCACCAAGGAUAUUGCCAUGUGGCUCGCGGAUGAUGACGAGGCCGAGCUCAUCGAGCAGAAGGAGAAGGAGGCGCUCGAACGCGGCGAGACUGCUGGUGCCAAGGGUGGAAAGAAGGCCGCCCAGAAACGGAAGCGAGACCUUACGCUGGACGAUAUGUAUCAUGAAGGCGAGGGUAACUUUGACGACCAAAGCGCGAAACCGUCGGGAGCCGCCACUCCCCUGUCGGCAGCCGAUGGCAUCGACACCCCGUCGUCCGCUCCUGGUGGGAAGCGUGGCCGUGGCCCCGGCAAGGGGAAGGGGACAUCCAAGCGUGCCAAGACGAUGAACGAACGUCUACGCCUCAUCGACGGCGACGGCGGACUCGGUUGA